AAGAAAGGUAAAAACACACAGAUUGACCGGUAGGACUUUAGGUGGAACACCUGUAGCCCAAUUUGUAUUAUAACGGAGAAUGCACGGGUGCUUUUACAAGGGAGUUUAGAGAGAAUGAAUUCGGAUUCCUCUUUCUGAGGUUUACAUGAGUAUUUAUACUAGGCUAAGGGGACAGGACCACGUGCGCCCACGUGGGGGCAUGCUGCUGAUGUGGUGCGAGGUGACUGGUUUCGUCCUCGAGCCGCCUUGUCGCCUUCAAGUUGUGUGCCAUCCUGUGUGUUUUUUAUCAUCUGAUGCCUCCGAUGAGGAGCAUUUGAAUUCGAACCAUUUUUGUGAAAGGGAUGAAGAUGAAGGGCACUCUUGGCUGGCUUCUCCUUUCUUGCAUCCAGAUUUUCCAAUGGGAACUCAGGGGCCUUACGUUGUAAUGAAUCAAGAGGCCCCUCCACAGAUGGGAUUUUGGGAUCCUUUCUAUACCUUCAAUGCCCAACCCAAUUCACAGUUUCGGGCCUAUAAUGGCGGUAAUUCCGAUACACAUGCUUAUUACAUGAAGAGACAUACCCCUGAGAUGAAAAUUGUAAUUCACCAGACUGGAGCUGCUUCGACUGGAUAUUCCAAUGAGUAUUGGAGUUCCCAUUAUCAGAAUGGAGAGGAUUUCUUUGGAUAUCCGCCUCUAGGUCCAUCUGAGGGUGAAAAGAAUAGGAACCAGGCUAAGAAGCCCAGCCCUCCAGAGGAUGUCCCACCACCUCCUUCUUCAACGACCUCCAUUUGGGACUUCCUGAAUCCGUUUGAUGGAAUUGACCAAGGGAUCUCGAGUUACAUGGGUUAUGGAAGCCAUGCAUAUGGGUCAGCUAAUUGUAGCUCGGAUUCGGCUGAAGUGAGGAGGAGGGAGGGGAUUCCUGAUUUGGAGGAUGAAACAGAAAUCGAGAUGCACGUGGAUGAACCUAUCGUGAAGAAGAUGAGUAGUGAUUUCAAGAAAAAGAGGGCAGGAGAGGGGACUUCAGGUACCCGUGGAAAGUCCCUGCAAAGGCGCAGCGCUGGGGUAGAGCAAUCAAUGAAAAGAAUGUCUCGUAGGAAACCAACUGUGUCAUCCAAAUACGCGGAAGAAUACCUUGCUAAAAAGCCAAUGCCCACUAAAUCUGGUAAGGGUUCUCCGGUUUCAAGAGGAUCACCAUCGCAAGACAGUUCUGGCAGCAGCCCCAAACCACAUUCAUCAGGAAAUGAAGAGUGCUCUAUCUGUGAUGUUACAGGUUCAACCAAUGUAUCAGAGGAGAAGGCCAGUUCUGACACCAUUGUAUCAAAGAGUCCCAGAGAUGGAAAUGUUAAGUCAAAAGGAGUGACUUUUGAGGUAGAUCGUGAAUUUGUAUCUUCAAAGUUAAGUAAUUUGGAUAAUACUGCUUCACGUGGAACAAGAGAUCUUCGAGAGGUUGUGGCUGAAAUCAGAGACGGAUUUAAGAUUGCUUCAAGUUGUGGGAGGGACAUAGAUGUGAUGUUUGAGGUUGGAAAGCUGCCUUACCACCCUACAUUCAUUCGAGGUACAAUAUCCUGUGUAUGCGUCUUAGUCUAGGGUCUGAGGCAGUAUAAGUGAGGCACUAUAAGAUGCUAUUAAGAGGGAAGUGCACUUUUAGAAUCUGAUUUUAAAAUAGAAUAUGAUUGUGAAGCUUCUUUUUAUGGGAAAACUGACACUUUAGGGGCUGAUUUAGAAACUUUUGGGGCUGACUUUGAUGAGAAAUUUGGUACUUUAAAGGCAAAUUUUCAAAGAGAUUUCUGGUUUUGAAGUUAAUUUCAUGGAUAAAACGGAACCUCUAGG